AUGACUAUUGACCGUGCAGGACGACCGCCAACCCCAAGGCGUUCUUCUUCAACUUAUCGCAGCUAUGAUGAACUUGGAAUCAUAGACAGAGCUAAACCAUUGAAGUACAGACAUGGAGGUAUGGAAGACCUGACUGGAAUAGAACAAAUUCGGUAUAGAACCUACGACCAACAAAAUAUGGAGGACAUAACAGUGAUUAGUUCUGAAGAAGUUCCUAAGCCUAAAAAGAAAACCAUGGAGGGCUUAGCAAGCGGAUUUAGAAGAACAUUCUCCGUGAGGAGUCGAAGGGAAGCGUCAGAUGGAAUACCUUUCGAUACUUUUAAUGUGACUUGUGAGGAAAAUUUCGCGACAGUGCGAGGAGCUCCUUUUGGUAGGCGUCGGUCUUUGUCGAGAGAUAGAGGAUCUUCGCUUUUAGGAAGGAGUUCAUCCGAAGGUGACGUAAGAAUGAUCCCUCCCCGCGCGCCGCCAACUACCCCAGCGCCUCGUCUGCACCGCUGCCUGCGUGCUCUCGGCGGCAGCUGGAAGAAUCUUUUACUAUGUGAGUCGAGAUAUGUGGUUUAA